UCACAACAUUGUUGGUCGCGUUCUACCCCAUUAUGUCAUCUGGUCUAGGAAACAUGGUACGUUAUUUUCCCCCCUUAUCUUCCUUAAAACUAUCACCAACAAGGCAACAAGUAUGUGCCCGGCUCCAAUAUGUAAUUUUGUUUUAACAGGAAACAGAUUCAUUUUCUGGAAGGGGUUACAACCUAGGAUGUGUUUAACGGAGGAACAACUAAUUAAAGAAAUUUUCUUCGGGUUAAAAACUGGAAGGCAACAACAUGGAUCCAAAGAUUUGAUCCGAAGCGGGCUACUGAUGGCUUCGGGCGAUAGUUGGCGCCAUCUUCGACACAUUGUUGAACCUGCUUUCUUCCAAGACAAACUCAGGGCUAAUGUGGAGGGCACGGUGGCAGUUGUAAGGUUUAUGCUCCCAUUUCUGGCAAAUCGGGUCGAAAUUGGCGAGCACAUGAGCCUGGUCUCCGCUGAUGUCAUAUCAAGAAAAACGCUUGGCUGUACAUACCAGCAGGGAAGGCCGAUUUUCCAAUUGUUAACCCAGUUGCAGCACCUUUGUGCGCAAACUCGUUUGUCCCCGGUCCGGUUUAUUCCAAGUACAUACAAUAGAGACUUGAAAUCGUUAAAUCUUCAAGUGGAGAAACUACUGAGGAGAUGAUACAGGAUCGGAUAGACAUGGUAGAGGAGAUAGGACGAAGCAGCUCAUACGGAAAUGAUUUAAUGGGAAUGUUAUUGGAUGAGAUGAAAAAUAGGGGAAGUUCAUCAAGCAGUGGACUCAGCAUGAAUAUGCAGAUGAUUGUGGAUGAAUGCAAGACUUUCUUGUUUGCAGGAUACGAGGGCACUUCUCUUUUGCUGACUUGGACGGUUAUGCUUUUAGCCUGCAAUCCAGCUUGGCAAGACAGAGUUCGUGCUGAGGUCAACCAAGUCUGCCAUGGUAAUCCUCCCACUGUUGACCACCUUCGGAAGCUUCUCUCGCUAAACAUGGUAAUUAGAGAGUCGCUUAGACUCUAUCCCCCAUUUCCUGUGCUUAAUCGAAUGGCUUUAGAAGAUAUCAAGCUACGAAAUGGCCUCCUUAUUCCCAAGGGCGUGUCAAUAUGGAUCCCAAUACUGGCCAUGCAUCACAGUGAGGAGAUAUGGGGCCAGGAUGCCAAUGAAUUCAAUCCCAAUCGUUUUGCCUCCGAUGCCUCUGCUGAAGCUCGCCGGCAUUUCCUCCCAUUUGCAGCUGGUCCUCGGGAUUGUCCUUCUCAGUAUUAUGCAUUGAUGGAGGCCAAGAUCAUCCUAGCCAUGUUCAUAUCAAAGUUCCGCUUCACCAUUUCCGACAACUAUCGACAUGCACCUGUAACUGUCAUCACAUUGAAGCCUAAGCAUGGGGUUCAAAUUAAUUUAGAAAGCCUUUUGAGUCUAUGAGACAUUCUUGCCUGGAGGAUACUGAAUUUGGUUGCUUUAAUUGAAUGGCUUGGAUUACAUAGCAAUUUUUACAAAGGAAGCUAAAGAAAAUAAUUAUGAACUAGCCUUUUUACUUCUUUUCUUCUCAAUUUAUUUUGUGUACUAGUUGAUAAGAGGACAUUGAAUUUGGUUGUAUUUUAUCACAGCGUGGAUUACAGAGCACUUUUGACAAAGGAAGCUUAAAGAAGAAGAAUUAU